AUGGCACCGGUUGAGUUCCCUCCCCUCGAGGGGCCCGGCAGCAAUGCAAAUGACCUCUUUAGAUGGCUUCAAAAGAGCCCACAGGAGGAACUUGUUCCGUCUGCCCAGGGCUUGUUCCAGCAGCUGCUGGCAAAUGCCUCCCAGCCUCGAGGUUCCACGGCGGACGCAUGUGUGAAGCUGUGCGGUUUUGUUCAGCUAUGCGCGAAAUCAAGAGACGAUACUCUGACAGCUUGGGCUUUUUCAGAGAAAACAUCUCAGGACCUGUUCAACUUCUUCAUCGAGUGGAACGAGAAGGACCAGCACCGUUCCAUGAGAUUGGUACUCGACCUUCUGUCCUUUCUAAUCACACAGAAUCCAUUGCCCCAGGUCAAGGAGGAUGUGAAGGCGGACUUAUUGCACACUACAUCUGCCAUUAUCGCAAGGAAAUCGACGCGCCCGCUCGUUAAAUCCUGCAUUACCGCCCUCAGCCAUCUGCUUCCAAAGUCCGUCUUCACUCUGGAAGACGUGGCGCAGAUGUAUCAGUCCAUGCGGCCUGACCUCUCCGAGCAGCCUGCCGUCAUUCUGUGGCAGGAGUGGGUGGUAGAGAUAUUCCGGUGGAUGGAACUGCAUUGCGUCUGCCCGGUUGCUGGAAAGCUCCUCGGCAUCGUAUUCAGCGGCUUGUAUGGUUCUUCCCCAUCUCGUGGCUGCCAUGGGGCAAGAACGCCGGCACUCGAUGCGGCAACAAUCCGAGGGUGGCUCGAAGCAGCCUUGGUGGCCAACCCGGAAUUACUUGAGAGUAUCAAGAACUAUUUCUUGGCGCCCUUGUUCAAGUCUGAUCGCGCCCUGUCCACUGCAUUGCUGAAAGAGCUCCACCACGUGCAGCCGGAGGAUGAGGUUCACGCCCGCAGUGGUGAGCUAGACACUGCCGCUUUGCUACACCUUGCUGCCCUGGAACUUGGUAAAAAGGCCUCUAUUGUCAACGAACCAGAUCCCGGUCGAGCAAAAGCCACGGGUACCGUGGAGCUGGAUGGCAAGGUUCUGGAGCGCUUUUUGCUCCACAAUUCUUAUGAUGUCCGAUCCUUCGCCAUGUCCUUACUGAUAACGUCCUCGUCUAGUACACGGCCUUACUCUAUGAUGGCCUUCGGGCUUUUGAAAAAGCAUCUCAGAUCCUGCCACGCAGAUCCUGAUGCCAAAUUUCGGAACGAAAUCCUAGGCCAUUCGAAGAACAUGAUCAAGAGGGUCAAGGGGGCGAUUUCUGUACUCGAAAAGGAUUUAGCUCGCACAAGGACUAAAGCUUCGACUUCUAAAGUCCGGGAAACAGGGGUCAACACUCACAUAAGCAAAGGGGCAAAGGAGAUCACCAAUGCUGGGGAGAUCUGGCUGCGAGAUACUCUUGAGGCCCACGAAAGGUUCCUUAGCUGGUACUUAGAGUUUCUACGGCAGGAGCUGGCACCCACAGCUUCUUACCAGCGGCAUAUUACCGCUCUCAAGGCUUUGGUGACAGUCUUGAAGCUCGGGAAAGAGUAUCCAGGUGCGCCUGAACAAAACGUAUACAAAGAUCCGCAGUGGAUCCGCAUCAUCCUGGACCUGAUUAUGGACCCUUUCGACGACGUCAGAGAGACGGCCACUGGUCUUCUGAUGCUCUUCCCACCAGAGUAUGGAGCCGCCCGCUCCGCUGGCCUGCUUUGUGCCUGGGAAACAACAAUUGAGAGACGGCUAGCACUACUAUCACAGACCCUGGAUACUUUGGACGCCAAGAUCAGUGGGGCAGAAAAAGACCUUGGCCACGCAGUUAUGGCAGAGCCAGUGCAUGGUGACUUUGCCGCGGUCAGAUACAUGUGGGAAGUAUUCUCACAGGCUCGGUACAGUGAAGCUCAGCUGCAGAGCCUUGCACUUUCUCAGACCUGGAUCGUUGACCUUUGCGUGCGGAUUUGGAAUGCUGUUAGCUACGUGCUGUGCGAUGAUUCUCCGGAGGGGAAGGAGCUGGAGUCGACCGAGGGUCUCGACACCAAAGACCUGCUAAGCUACAGCUUCCGGGCCAUUCACGAGUCUAGUAACCUCCAGCGUACUAUCGUGGGUAUACCGGCUUUGAUUACUGCCAUUUUAGCAUCGAACGCCGACAGCCCGUCGUUUGAGCAGGUGAUGCGAACGCUAGAGGAGAUCGCACAACGACCAGCCUCGGUUUCAGAAACGGAUGGGAGUAACCUUCCCCAAGUUCACGCCUUUAAUUCUCUCAAGGAGGUCUUCAAGAGCUCGCUCCUCAGCAAAAAGGUGGAACGCUACCUUCCAGAGUGCCUCGAACUUGCCACAAAUAGCUUGAAAGCAGAGGUCUGGGCAAUCAGGAAUUGCGCGCUCUUACUACUGCGUAGCCUGAUGGACAGUCUGUUCGGUACCGGUGACAGCAAAGCUGCCAUGGAGGCCGGAUGGGACGGGAAGACGCUUCGUAUCUCAUACACCAAAUACCCGUCUCUACCGCCUAUACUCCUGAACCUUCUGCAGUCAGGACAACUGGCCAUGGAACCUGGAACCUUGACUUCAAGCUCAGCAGCCGAAUCUGUCUUCCCGGCGCUGGAUAUCAUCCGGCGAGCCGGGCCCCCAGAGUCUCACCGCAACGAGUUGUAUAGUCUGAUCACCAGGUAUCUGGGCAGCCAACAAUGGCACGUCCGCGAGAUAGCCGCGCGGACUCUAUGCUCCUUCCUCUUGAGUGAACGUUGGCUCUCUUCAGUCAAGAGUCUGUUGGAAGAGUCACGGGGCUCGGCAAACAGGCUGCAUGGAACCUUUCUCACAGUGAGAUUCUUCUUGGAGAGAACGUCCAUGGACAGAAGUCAAGGCCAGCUGCUCGGUCAAACGUUAAUACCCGAGCUUGAUGGGCACUCUCAGCUUGCGAGUUUUGUAGACGAGAUCAGGGCUCUCGGACAGACGCUGCAAGAGUUCGAGAUGGAUGCCACAAUAUCUUCCGAAGUUUGGGCCGCCUUCGUUGAGAUUCGCACGUUGACACAGCAGAUCGCGCCUCCUGCGAACAUUCAGACCAGCAAGGCCGAGCAAUUCGCCAACCUGAAAAUCGCACAAGGGAGGAACAGCUUCACCUCAAGAGCACUCCUCGACCACCGGAUAGGGUCCAGGUCUCUGCGAGAAGCAGUAGCGCUCAAGAGCAUUGACGAACUCAAGUCCAGCCUCCUUGAUGCCCUCGACAGGGACACAGACACUGCAUGCAUGCUUCUCGAGGCCAUUCCCACGAUCUGGGGCAAGUCGCAAACUCCUGAGCUUUGCAAGAUGUAUCUCGAACUCUGCGAGCACACAAAAGUGCCGGAGGCCCGCGCACAAGCCCUGACAAACCUGGCCGGGCUUCUGGAUGACCAUAUCUUCCAAGGCAAGUUGCAGGACCUAGCUGCACCAGAAGAAUUCGAGUCCUUCCAGCGAUCCACCCUGGACAGCAUCAACCCAGCCCUGGCGAAUGCAAUUCUCCUCGCCUCGGGGCCCGUCAUCGCAAUCCAAACGCUCCCGCACAACGGGCAGCUGUCAUUCUUCAUGUUCGAACAGCGGCUGCGGGCCUGGGGCAAAGCCAUCGCGGACGCCCUGCACGACAGCAACACAUUUGACAUGCGCAUGGCAGCAGCCAUGGCCAUCAGGUCUUUUGCGGCAGCUGUGCGCUCCGCCGCCGGGAACGACGCGGCGUACCUGCCCUUCCUGCUAGCGUUAUACAACACGCUCGUCGACGACGACGACGAGAUCCGCGACGUCGGCGCCGUCGCCACAGCGCUCGUCACCUCGCCGGACCCCCACGUACUUUCUCCACAGCCCCUCGUCGCGGUCGACGCGGCCGACGCCUUGCUCUCGUGGCUCCGGGAGCGCUUCGGCCACACCAAUGAGUUCAGGGCCUACGUCGCCUGCCGCCUGGCCGGGAACCCGAUCGUCGCCCUCGACAUCGGCGUGCAGGACCUUACCGCCUGGGCGUCCCCCGAGCAGCAGUUCGCUGAGGCGCUCGAGGUGGACGAGAGCCUAUUCGCGGUGGAGGAGCAGAACCUGUUUAUAGACGAGGUCCGCGAGACGCAGAGAUGGGCUGACGUGUUUAGGUCCCUGCCGCGGGACUAUGACCAGACAGAAGGUGAUGAUGGCGUGGCCGGGAAGGUGCUAGUCAUGGACAGCUCGCUAGAUGCGUUGAAGGGGUGGGUGGAGAAGGCUCUGGAGGUCCUAGCCGUACAGGUCGGGCAGGACGACGGCCCGCUCGGAUGGGCUUCGAUGGCUGAUGCAUUUGCCCUGUGCCACCGUGUCUUAGUGUCCGGGCAGGCCAUGGCUGAAUUGCUGGGUGAAAAGGAUACCGCGAUUGCGAGCUCCCUGGCCAGAAUAAAGGACAUUGGACAAACAUCGAGACUUCAUGGGCUCCUGUUGUCAUCGUUGGAUCGAGUCUAG